AUGCGGUUGACCGACCGAAGUUCCCUGCUCAUUGCCUCCCUUCUUAGCGUCUCCUCAAUAUCAACAGCAUUCUAUCUUCCUGGGGUUGCGCCGACUUCCUAUGAUGUCGGCGAUAGUGUCUCGCUCACCGUCAACCAUUUGACCCCUGGCCUGUCACGCGAUGACCAGCUUCACUCUGUAUUCGCAUAUGACUACUACCAUCCUUCAUUCCACUUCUGCAGGCCAGAAGGGGGCGCCCAAGAUGUUCGCGAAUCUCUCGGAAGCAUCCUGUUUGGUGAUCGGAUCCGUACUUCCCCAUUAGAGCUUCACAUGGCCAAGAAUGAGACGUGUAAAGCAAUCUGCGCAGAGGUGACAUUCGAUGCACGAAGUGCAAAGUUUACGAAUCGCCGGAUCUCCCAGGGAUAUAAUAUCAACUGGCUUGUUGAUGGGCUGCCUGCGGCGCAGCUGAACUACGACGGAAACACCAACACGCAGUUCUACAACCCGGGAUUCUCCUUAGGCGAUUUGGAUGACAAUGGGCAAUCCAUGCUGAACAACCACUUUGAUAUUGUGAUUGACUAUCACCGGGUAGGGUUCGGCGGCAAAGACAAGUAUCGUGUAGUUGGUGUGCUUGUUCAGCCCGAGUCCCGCCGCGACUCCCGAAUUCUCGAAGACGGCACCGUAGAGUGUGGCACGCAAGGAAAUAUGCUGACAUUGAGUGAAGAUGUGGAUACCCCGAUAACCUGGACCUACAGUGUCUACUGGAAAGAGUCCAAUACGGCGUGGGCUACUCGCUGGGACAAGUACCUUCAUGUCUAUGACCCGAAGAUUCAUUGGUUUUCUCUGAUCAACUCUGCGGUUUUUGUCGUCUUCUUAGUGGGAAUGGUGAGUAUGAUAUUGGUUCGUGCGCUCAAAAAGGACAUUGCUCGCUACAAUCGACUGGACCAAAUUAGCCUGGAGGACCUCGAUGGCACCUCGGCUGCUGUGGAAGAUGGCAUUCAGGAAGACUCAGGUUGGAAGUUAGUUCACGGCGAUGUCUUCCGCUGCCCCAAAUCCCCGCUGUUGUUGAGUGUCAUGUUGGGCAACGGCGCUCAACUGUUCAUGAUGACCGGCGUGACCGUUGCUUUUGCGCUCCUUGGCCUUCUUUCUCCCGCCAAUCGUGGCUUUCUGGCGACCGCUAUUCUUUUGAUCUCUGCAUUGUUUGGGGCCAUUGGUGGCUAUGUCUCCGCACGUGUCUAUAAGGCCUUUGGCGGCGAGGCCUGGAAGCGUAACAUUGUCAUGACUCCUCUUUUGAUUCCCGGCGUCAUCUUUGGCACAUUCUUUAUGCUCAACCUUUUCGUAUGGGCUAAGGGAUCAAGUGGUGCAGUCCCAUUCGGCACCAUGCUUGCCUUGGUUCUGAUUUGGUUCGUCAUCAGCGUACCACUGAGUGUGGCUGGUAGUUGGGUUGGGUUCCGGCAAUCGGCUCUCGAGGGUCCGACAAAGACCAAUCAAAUCCCGCGUCAGGUCCCUCCCAUGGCUGGUAGCCUGCGCACGAUACCGUCCAUCCUCCUGACUGGAAUCCUCCCUUUCGGCGCGAUCUUCGUGGAGCUUUACUUCAUCAUGACCUCGCUCUGGACCAACAAGAUAUACUACAUGUUUGGAUUCUUGUUCCUUUGCUAUGGUUUGAUGAUCAUCACCUCUGCCGCCACUACUGUGCUGCUGGUUUACUUCUUGUUGUGCGCCGAGAACUAUCGUUGGCAUUGGCGUGCAUUCACAGGUGCAGGAAUGACGGGUGGCUAUGUCUUCUUGAACGCACUCAUCUUCUGGGCGACUCGUGUUAGCUUUGGCGGCCUGACAGGUGCAGUACUCUAUGUGGGCUACUCUGCACUGAUUGGUUUUGUUGUCUUCAUCUUGACAGGUUCAAUCGGCGUCUUUGCCAGCUGGGCAUUCAUCCACCGCAUCUAUGGCUCUAUCAAGGUGGAUUAA